AUGUGGAUUCUUGCCCUACUCACCAUGCCAGCAGCUCUGAUUCUGGGAGGACAUGUGGCACAUGGCGCUGGGGCACGUAAAGCAACAACAACAGCAGCAGCAGCAACCACGACACGUCCCGUCAUUGAGCCCACCGUUUCCCUUGACCGGACUGAUGCAUCCGGAUUACACGUAAGAUGGGAUUUCCAGGAAGUUAUGCACGAUUCAAUAGAGAAAAUCGAGCUCAUCGCGGUGCCAGUGGACAGUGAACUGGGCGUGACCAACGCUAGUGCCGUUGUCGCCUCAAAUGCCACUGAAGGCUCCAUUACCACUGGCCUGAGACCCUACACUGAAUACGAUGUAGUAGUGCAAGUCACUACAAAUGCUGCCACAACAGCCUACCCAGCAGGGCGAGCGUGGACAUGGUCGUCCGGUAAAUGA